UUAUUGAACAGAUUCAACCCUCAAAGAAUCAAAAGCAACAUGGGACAUAGUUCGAAAAAGAAGAAGCGCGGUGGUACAGGGCGACGUAGGUCGUCAAACAACGAUCACUCUUCUAUCGAUGGCUUCGGCAGCGAACUUCUGUCCGAGGAGCUUACCGCCCUGCGUGCUAUAUUCCAAGAAGAUUGUGAUGUUAUUUCAGAAUCUCCACCCCGAAUCAAGAUUAAGCUAAGGCCGUAUUUACAGGAUUCAAGUUACGAGGAUUUAGAUGUUUCUGCACUUCUUUCAAUAAGGUUCUUACCUGGAUAUCCGUAUAAAUGUCCAAAGCUGCUUAUUGCUCCAGAAAAUGGAUUAUCAAAGUCUGAUGCAGAUAAACUUUUGUCCCUGCUUAAUGACCAAGCCAAUUUAAAUGCCCGAGAAGGACGCGUGAUGAUUUAUAAUUUGGUAGAGGCUGCACAAGAAUUUUUGUCAGAAGUUAUCUCAUGGGAGCAACCUCACGUAUCUCAGAAGAAUGUGGCAGUUUCAUGUGAUAGGCCUUCCAAGGGACCUUUUGUAUAUGGUUUCCUAGAUCUUUUCAUAGGUUCUGGGGAGUCAUGGCACUGGGGACUUUCAGUUGAAGAGGGCAGCAAUACAAGCACUGCCUUUGAUAAUCUGCAUGAUGGUAGACAACCAUCACAGGAGAAUUUUAAACAAAACAUGAAUAUGGGGGUGGAUGAGGACGGUGCACCGGGUAAAGUGCCUAGUUCUACAGGAAAAGGUUUAGAAGGAGAUAGUAAGAGUACUGAUCCUGUUACAUCACUAUCUGAGGAAUCAAUGGAGGAUGCUAGCAUUGCUGGGGAUUAUCCUCCGGCAGUGGAUACAGAAGAAGAAACUGAUUAUGAGCAUACUAUAAGUGAUCAUUCAGAAUCACCAUCAUCUGCAUCGAUGGAUCAUAAUCUGAUUUCACAUGCUGUGGAGAGAGAUUUGAUUCUGGCUCAUUUACUGCGACUUGCUUGCACACCUAAAGGUUCACUUGGUGAUAUAUUGACUGAUGUGGCAUCAGAGCUGGUUAACCUAGGGAUUGUUUCGGAUCGUGUGGCGGAUUUAGCUACCGAAUCAUCAUCAUUUUUUGACAGAAGCUUCAACCAAGCCUUUGGACAUCGUAUGGUAGCGUCAAAGAUAUCUCAGUUUUGGAAAGCCGCUUCUGAUUCGAAAGGGCAACAUACCUCACCUAUAUUAAGCUCCCGAUAUUUGAAUGAUUUUGAGGAGCUUCAACCUGUUGGCCAUGGUGGAUUCGGCCAUGUUGUGUUAUGCAAGAAUAAGCUAGAUGGAAGACAAUAUGCUGUUAAGAAAAUUCGACUAAAGGACAAAAGUCCACCUUUAGAUGACAGAAUUUUGAGAGAAGUAGCCACUCUUUCCCGAUUGCAGCACCAACACGUUGUACGUUACUAUCAGGCAUGGUUUGAAACAGGAGAUGCUGGUUCAUAUGGUGAUGCUACUUGGAGUUCUAGGACUGCAGGUAGCUCCAGUUUCAGCUACAUAGAUCAAAGUUCAACAGAUUUGGUAGGGCAAGACAACAAAGUAGGAACAUACUUGUACAUUCAGAUGGAAUACUGUCCAAGGACUCUUCGACACAUGUUUGAUUCUUAUAAUCACUUCGACAAGAAGUUGGCAUGGCACUUGUUUCGUCAAAUUGUAGAAGGCCUGGCACACAUACAUGGUCAAGGAAUUAUUCACCGUGACUUGACUCCAAAUAAUAUAUUUUUUGAUGCUCGAAAUGAUAUUAAAAUUGGGGACUUUGGUCUUGCCAAGUUCUUGAAGCUAGAGCAGUUGGAACAGGAUAUUGAUCCUGCGGAAGCAACCGGAGUGUCAGUAGAUGGUACUGGUCAGAUCGGUACAUAUUUUUAUACCGCACCAGAAAUUGAGCAGCGUUGGCCAAAAAUUGAUGAGAAAGCGGAUAUGUAUAGCUUAGGAAUUGUAUUCUUUGAGCUCUGGCAUCCCUUUAGCACGGGAAUGGAAAGACAUAUAGUUCUUUCCGACUUAAAAAAGAAGGGAGAGCUUCCUUCAGAUUGGCUUGCUGAGUUUCCAGAACAGGCUUCAUUAUUACGCCACUUGAUGUCAUCAAGUCCAUCCGACCGUCCAUCAGCCACAGAACUACUCCAACAUGCUUUUCCUCCAAGAAUGGAGUCUGAAUUAUUAGACAAUAUAUUACGGACAAUGCAUAAUUCUGAGGACACCACUAUCUAUGAUAAAGUUGUGAAUGCUAUCUUCAGUGAGGAUAUACUAAGCAAUAAAAACAAAGAUAACCAAUCUGAAAUAUCAAAGUUGGAUGGAAACAAUACUUCAGCUGUACAGCAUUCAGAGUUAGACACUGAAGUUCGUGAUCUAGUUUGGGAAGUAUCUGCCGCAGUGUUUAGGUUACACUGUGCAAAACGUUUAGAGAUAAUUCCAAUGCACUUGUUAGGAGAUUCUUUGCUGUUCAAUAGGAAUAGUGUUAAGCUUUUGACGAAUGGUGGAGACAUGAUAGAACUAUGCCAUGAGCUACGUUUGCCCUUUAUAAAUUGGGUUGUUUUGCAACAGAAAUCUUCUUUCAAACGUUUCGAUAUAUGUAAUGUAUAUCGUAAACCAAUUGGUCAUUCCUCUCCAAAUAUAUAUCUUCAGGGAGACUUUGAUGUUAUUGGAGGUGCUUCCGCACUGACAGAGGCUGAGGUGAUCAAGGCGGCAAUGGACAUCAUAACUCGUUUUUUCCAUCCUGAAUCAUGUGAUAUACAUCUGAAUCACGGGGAUUUGUUAGAAGCUAUCUGGUCUUGGAUUGGAAUCAAGGCUGACCAUAGGCAAAAAGUGGCCGAACUUCUGUCACUCUUGUGUUCGUUGCGGCCCCAGUCCUCUGAAAGGAAAACUAAGUGGGUGCUAAUAAGACGACAACUUCGACAGGAACUUAAUAUUACUGAAGGCGCCGUUAAUAAAUUGCAGACUGUGGGGUUGAGGUUCUGUGGAAUUGCAGAUCAGGCCCUUCCUAGAUUGAGAGGUGCCCUUCAGGCUGAUACCCUUAUACGGAAGGCACUUGAUGAACUUUCUCAGAUUUUUAACUAUUUACGAAUCUGGAAAAUCGAUAAGCAUGUUUUUAUUGAUCCCCUUAUGCCACCCACUGAGGGUUAUCACAGGGAUUCAUUUUUCCAGAUUUAUCUGAGGAAGGAUAAUAGUCUUGGGUCACUUACGGAAGGAACCUUGCUUGCUGUUGGUGGUCGCUAUGAUUACCUCCUUCACAAUGUCUGGCGAUCUAAAUAUAAAUCAAUUCCUCCAGGAGCAGUUGGGACCAGUCUUGCUUUAGAAACCAUCAUUCAACAUUCUUCUGUCGAGAUUUACAGACCUGUUAGAAGUGAUUUUAGUAGAAGUGUUCUUGUUUGUUCACGCGGGGGAGGUGGUUUACUGGAGAAGCGUAUGGAGCUGGUUUCUGAACUAUGGGAGGAGGAUAUAAAGGCAGAGUUUGUUCCAAUUUUGGAUCCAAGCCUUACGGAACAGUACGAGUAUGCCAAUGAGCAUGACAUUAAAUGUCUAAUUAUCAUAUCAGACACUGAUGUUUCUCAAAAAGGAUCUAUUAAGAUUCGACAUCUUGAGCUUAAAAGGGAGAAGGAAGUAAGCAGAGGAUCACUCACCAAAUUUUUAUCGGAAGCAAUGGCAUCUCAGUUUAGAAACCCAUCCAUAUGGAACUGAUAAGUCUGAUAAUCAACGUCACAGCUACCAACAUUUUGCAGUUUUUGGCAACCAGUUUUUAGUUGCUGUACCCAAGGAGCUCGGAUCAAAGUUUAGAAUGCUGUACAUCCAGUAAAUACGAUAUCAUGAAACUUUUUCUUAGGUUUACAAUCCUUGCUCAUGUAGUUUUAUGACAAAUGCAACCCCUGUUGUGCUGGGCGAUGAUAGGCAUUGCCAGAUGAAAGAUCCAAUGUCUAUUGGUAAUGUUCAUCAUAUUAGAUAUGCAUUUGAUCUCAGUAUCGAGUCAAACAAGUUUUGACUAUUAGACCAUACUACUUAUUUUGUUUCGUUAUUGUACAUGAUCAUAUGAUACAACAAUCUUUUGCAUAGUUGGUUUUGAUUUUUUUGGUCAGAUAAAGAAGUUAAUAGAAAAGUAGUUUGACCUGGAGCCAAAAGUCAAACUUUUAGCUA